CAUUUCAAAAUACAUUUUACACAAGUCUAUUGUUUAUUUCUUAAUCACCAUGGCGAUUAAAUCCUCCAUCCUUGCCUCUUUGGCUCUUUUUGGUUCGACCUUGGCGCAGAGCGUUGAUGGCUCUCAAUACAAUAACCCAACUGCUGGCCCUCCUGCUAGCUACUUUGCAGCAGCUUCUACCGUUCCCGUUGCGGCGUUGCAAAGCGCUGCUGCAAAGGCUAGCACUGCGGCCAAGGAUGCAACAUACCCUAUCAAUGGCGACAGCGGAGCUCACAAGUCGACUAUCCACAGUGACUGGACCAACUUCAGCGAGGGCGCUGCUUUCGUUUGGGUUGCAGACAUGGAUGUAGACUGCGACGGUCUUGACUACAAGUGCAAGGGCAACCCAGACGGCCAGCCUAACACCAACUUUGGUGCUUUGGCAGCUUAUGAGGUGCCGUUCUUCGUGAUCCCCGACAAGUUCGGCACGACCUAUCAGAACGUCCUCCCUGGAAAUAACAUUGGUGCAGUUAUUUGCAACGGCAAGAUGUUCUACGGUAUCUAUGGUGAUUCCGACGGUGAUACCCCCCAGGUCAUCGGCGAAGCUUCAUGGCUCAUGGCUCGCACCUGCUUCCCCAACGAUGACCUGAAUGGUAACAGCGGCCACGGUGCUGUCGAUGUCACCUACAUCCUUUUCACGGGCAACGACGCCGUGCUCCCCAGCAGCGCCCUCAGCAAAAACUACGUUACCAACUUCAGCACCCUCCGCUCAAUGGGAGACAAGCUUAUCACCGCUCUGGCCAAGAACCUCAAGCUUGUUUCCGGAGGUGGCCCGUCUACCACUACUUUGACCACCAAGGUCUCUACUACUACUAGCACCGGCACUGCAUCGACCAGCACUUCGUGCUCAUGGGCUGGUCACUGUAUUGGAAGCUCUUGCUCUUCCAAUGAUGAUUGCUCUGACGUGCUAGUUUGUAAGAGCGGAAAGUGUGCUUCGUGAGGAUCUUUCUUGCUCUCUUCAGGCAAUGAUUGCUCGGAUGAGUUGGUCUGCAGUAGUGGGCAAGUGUGCUAGUGCUUGAAUGGUUCGUGUUUGAUCUUCCGGAUGUAUAUACUGGGAUACAUAGUAUGAGGAUAACUUGAGAGUACAGAUGUGAAUAUUGAAUACAUGAAGGAGAUCU